AUGGUUGAACAAACUGCAAAUGAAAUUAGCAACUUAGUAUUCUUAAAAGAUUUAACAUUAAUUGGAAAUCCAAUUGUUAAAAACUUAAAAUACAGAGAUCGAUUAAUUGUCAAAUCAAAUCAACUCAAAACAAUCGAUGAUAAAGAAGUUCGUGAGAAUACUAGAGUAUUUUUAAAAAAUUUCGAAAAAGGAAAAUUGAAUAAUUUGAAACCUGAUGGUAAAUACGAAAUACCAUUACCAGAGGAAUUAUCGAAAAUACCGUUAGGACUAAAAACUGAACUAAAAAAAUCUUUGCAUAACAUAGCCGCUGGAAGGAAUUUAUCAACGGCUGUAACCGUUUCUGAAACACGAAAACCGGCAGAAAUGAAUCCUGAUAAUAAUAUAACAGCUACUGGAGAAUUUUAUGUACCCUGGAAUAAAUUACCAAAAACUGUUGGAGUAAGUGCUAAUAGUGCUAAACGUCAAAAUAACUCACCCAUUACACGUACUGUUCACACAUUGCAAGCAUAAAGUUGAAUUAUUUUGAAGAUAAGAAAAACAUCAUCAUAUUUAUUGAUCGUGAUGACUAUUUUUUCUGUAA